AUGGACUUGCUCGUGAGGGCCGUCGACCUACUCGGAGAUGAGGACGCUGAAGGUGGCAAGUCCAAGCUCCACCUCCUCAACGACGACGCUGGACAGCGUGCAGGGGGCGCCGAGGCCACCACCGGCGCUGGCACCGACAGCGGACGCAGGAGAGACGAAGAGGACGCUGACUUUGGCACGCAGCUGCACCAGGGCAAGCGACGCAGUGUGCGACAAAUGUCACCAACAUCCGCAGAGCACGCGCGCCGCAUCAACCGCCUUGCAGCCAGAAAACACCGACGAAUGGCCAAGGAACGUCUGCAACAGCUUGAGUCUGCGUCCCACCUGCUCGCACUGCGGCUGGCACGCCUGCAAUCCGAGACGAAGAAGCUGAGCAUGAAACGGGCAUCGCUGCUGGAAAAGGUGCUUCAGGAGUACAGCCCGGCAUCCACGAGGCGAGCUUGGCUAACCGCGAGGCUUGCGAAGCUUUCACAACAACAGCAGCAGCAGCAACGGCAGCAACGGCGGUCUGGACAACGCCCACAAGAGAGGAAACAGCUGGCAGUGGCCGCUGUGCAUGCAGCAAGCGGUGCAACAAGCUGUAUCAGGAACGCACAAGAGCUGUCCAACGCUUCUGUUGUUCAAGUACCCAAAUCCCCCAUCAGCAGCAGUGCCAGCAGCGCCAGCAGCGCCACGGACGCUGAGCAGAUUACUCAGCAGCAGCGGUCGCUGUCGCCAAUGAGCGCGUCCGGAUCGUCAACCAUAGGCCAGGCCGUCCCCACUUCCCCUGCCUGUUCGUCCACUGUAUCGAGGAGCCCGCAACGCAUGCGCCAGACGAGAAAGAAGACGUUGGGAAAAACCAAGGCAGCUGCAUCUCAGGCAUCUCGCAGACCAGCGCGGGCCGGCGCAGGAAAUGCCGGUGGUCCCGCCCACCGCCGUCGGCAGCGCCCGUCGCCUGCAGUCGAGGGUCCGCACACCAUCAACACAGACACAACAGCUGCAGGCAGCACACCAGCAGCGAACACCAAGGACCAUCACCACGCAGACACGAAGACGGGUGCGUCGAGUGCAUCGGAGUCUGCGGCCACCACCUUGCUACAGGCACAGCAGCGCGAAUUUCUGCACAAGCAGCUGCUCCUUCGCCAGCAUCAACCGCAUUAUGUGUACGGGCGCGGAUGGUUGCCUGGAGCCAUGAUGUUUGGCGGCGCCACGCUGCCGGCCUUGACACCGCAGCAGCAGCUUGCGCUGCAGAUGCAGCAAACCAAGGGGCUGAUGGAACGCCGUUCUGCAAUGGGCCUGACGACAGCUGCAGUGUCUCGCUUCCCCAACACGACAUCCUACGCCGCCCUCCCAACCGGGAUGCCUGGUCUGCCCAGAGGUAUGGGCUUCCCUCAACUCCCAACCUCAGCGACAGCAACAACAGCAACAGCAACAGCAACAGGCCGAGCAACUACAGCGGUAGCAGCAACAACGGCAGCUGCUCUGGCAACAAGAACAACAAGAACAACAACAAGACCACCUCUUGCCGAUGCUGCUUCCUUCACCAUGCCGGUGACACAGGUGCCCAUGGAAUAG